CUUUCCAUCACCGGCUUAUCACUGAUCCAGGAGCUGCUUGUUUGUGGACGGUUUACAUGUUUUUUCCUGAAGCUGAAUUCAGAUCAGCAGUAACCCAGGAGGUUUAGCAAAGUGCUAUCUAAAUGUGCUCAAACCCGCCUCCUGUAACUGUAAGGCAGCCCAAGGAUCUCACAUAGUAAAAUGGCUGAAAAGCAGAAACACGAAGGCAGGGUAAAAAUAGGACACUACAUCCUCGGUGACACACUUGGAGUCGGAACAUUUGGAAAAGUGAAGAUUGGGGUGCACCAGUUAACUGGACAUAAAGUUGCUGUGAAGAUCCUAAAUCGACAGAAGAUCCGCAGUCUCGAUGUUGUGGGGAAAAUCAAACGAGAAAUUCAGAACCUGAAACUCUUCAGACAUCCGCACAUAAUCAAGCUGUAUCAGGUUAUCAGCACUCCUACAGAUUUUUUCAUGGUGAUGGAGUAUGUGUCUGGCGGGGAACUCUUUGACUAUAUUUGCAAGCAUGGAAGGGUUGAGGACACAGAGGCCAGACGUCUUUUCCAGCAGAUCAUAUCAGGGGUGGAUUACUGCCACAGACACAUGGUGGUGCACAGAGACCUCAAGCCUGAAAAUGUACUGCUGGAUGGCAACAUCAAUACCAAGAUUGCUGACUUUGGUCUGUCAAACAUGAUGUCAGAUGGAGAAUUCCUGAGAACGAGCUGCGGAUCACCAAACUAUGCCGCACCAGAGGUCAUCUCUGGAAGGCUGUAUGCUGGUCCAGAGGUGGACAUAUGGAGCUGUGGCGUCAUUCUCUAUGCACUGCUGUGUGGGACUCUGCCGUUCGACGAUGAGCACGUCCCCACUCUAUUCAAAAAGAUCCGUGGAGGGGUCUUCUACAUGCCAGAAUACCUCAACCGUUCAGUGGCCAAUCUGCUUAUGCUCAUGUUACAGGUGGACCCCCUGAAGAGAGCUACCAUCAAAGACAUCAGAGAGCAUGAGUGGUUUAAACAGGACCUAACAGGCUACCUCUUCCCCGAGGACCCCUCAUAUGACGCCACCGUCAUAGACGAAGAAGCUGUGCGGGAGGUGUGCGAGAAGUUUGAAUGCACUGAAGCCGAAGUUCUGAGCAGCCUCUACAGCGGCGACCCUCAAGACCAGCUGGCCGUCGCCUACCACCUCAUCAUCGACAACCGGCGAAUCAUGAACCAGGCCAGUGAGUUCUACCUAGCCUCCAGUCCCCCGACCGGAUCCUUUAUGGAGGAGGGCAUGCCCCUGCCACCAGGGGUUAAACCUCACCCCGAGAGGAUGCCCCCCCUCAUGGCCGACAGCCCCAAGGCUCGGUGCCCCUUGGAUGCCCUUAACACCACCAGACCCAAACCACUGGCGGUGAAGAAAGCAAAAUGGCACUUGGGCAUAAGGAGCCAGAGCAAACCAUAUGACAUCAUGGCUGAGGUUUAUCGUGCCAUGAAACAGCUGGAGUACGAGUGGAAGGUAGUGAACCCCUAUCACCUGAGGGUACGUAGGAAGAACCCUGUCACAGGAAAUUUUGUGAAGAUGAGCCUACAGCUAUACCAGGUGGACAAUCGAAGUUACCUGCUCGACUUCAAGAGCAUUGAUGAUGAUAUAAUCGAGCACAAGUCUGGCUCAUCCACACCGCAACGUUGUGGAUCUACUGCCGGUCUGCAUCGCCCACGUCUCAGCAUCGAUUCUGCAACUGUGGCGGUUGAAAUGCCCCUGCUCAGCAGCUCUUUGCCGGGAUCACUCACCGGGAGCACACCCAUGCUGGCACCGCGACAGGGCAGCCAAACCAUGGACUUCUUCGAAAUGUGCACCAGCCUCAUCACAACCUUGGCUCGCUAGGUUUUCAGCCGCUUCACACCCAUACGUGUGUCAACCUCUUAUUAACCAGUCUAAAGGUGAAGGGUUAGGGGGUUAUGAUUUCUAGAGCCGGAACGUACAAUCGUACAGUUUUCAAUAAUGGCACUAUCUCAUACAGAAGCCCUAUAUAGUGUUUGAACACCUAAGACCCAAUUAUACAUGCAUGACUUUCAUUGUGAUGGAUAACAACACAUCAAACCAAGUGUCAUCUGCAAACAAAAAAGGAGUUUUUAAAACUAACUUGAUGUUAUAAGCCGUUUUUGCACACAAAGUAGUCAAGAUUAUUUUAAGAACAUUUAUGAAGUACAAAGAAUUCAAACACUUUGUCCUUGUUUUACACAUAUUAAUAAUAAUAAUUCAUUCACGUACACAACAUUUUUUAUUUAUUAAUUUCAACCUUUUUAAUUUUUUGGGUAGGUGUCCAAAGACGUUUUUGGGGCCACACUACAAGUUAUUGCUGUCUUCAUUGGGUUGACAUUUAAACAUUUCUGGAUUUACAUACACAUUUCUUUUGAUAAUGCUUGUUAUUCAUAUGUAUAAUACAAUAUAUUUAUAUUCUCAUAUCGAUCACUUGAGUUGUAUAGUUUAGUAUAUACAUAUUGAUUUGCAAUGACAUACCAAAAAAGAUUUACACAUAAAUAGCAAAGAGGAUCUUUAUUUAAUGAUUUUAGAGAUACUUUAUUUUACAAAGACAUAGUACCUAUGUGCAUUAUUUUCUGUAGGCAUUCAUUAAUAGAGAAAAUAACAUAUAUUGAGUGUUGCCGACUUGGCUUCCAGUCCAUUGAGAACAUUUACCAAGUAGCAGUGUGAAUAGUGUUGGUCAAUGUAUCACAGUAAAUCUAAACAGAUACACACCAUCGCUUCUAUCAGCAGAUGUAAAGUAUGCAGACCUGUGGUCAUGACCGUGACUUUAAAGUUUUGUCUGCGCCUCAGAGGCCUCAUGGACUCUACUGCUGCCAGACAAAAACAAAAAUGCUCGUCAAGGGCAAACAGAUCAGCCAAAGCAUAGACUUUGUGCCUUGAUAUGGCUAAAAUUUAAGCAAAGAAUUCAAGAGGAGUGAUGAAUGGGGAAAGAAAUCCUUGUUGUGCGACAGUAAGUCUAUAUGAAUGCUGCUUACAUUUUUCUUAGUAUAGCCAGAGAGAGAUAUUUAGAACAUUGUCCUCGAGUUCCACGUUCACAUUAUUUCUGUCAGCGCAUUUUAACUGGUUUCCAGUCGGGACCUGGAUUUUAACUGAAAAUAAGUGAACGAUUAAACGAAGCUACUACUAAUAUUUAUUGUACAAAAAUAUCCUUACCAGGAACUGCAUAAACCCAAGAUUACCCAUAUUUUGAUAUAUUUUCUUUUACAUCGUAUAGUUUUGUUCAUUAGUUUACUGUUUGUCAAAUUUGGCAAGCUUCUACCAGGUUAUGGUUGAAUCUGCAGGUGAAUUUGCACCUAUGUCAAAUAUGUCAUAUAUUCAUAUUCAAUUUAUAUAAACAUAUAAAUCAAACAAUGGAUGUUGUAUGUAACAAAUGGUGACUCAAGCCAAGAGCCUUUAGAAGAGAAAGCCACGUUAUCUCCCGUGGGAUGCCUUAAAUACAUACUUUAUAUACUUUGUUAUAAUCAAAAAUUAGAUUUUUUUCUGUGUGCAUUUGUUUAUGGAGUAGAUCCCAUCUAUUCAUUAGUUGCAUAUAUUUAUUGUUUAUUUACACUCACUUCUUUAGUGUUUUGUGAACAAACGACAAAUGGUUUAAUGGGGUUUCAGGAUAGACAUUUGUUGCUGCUGUAUUUGUGCCAACGUGUAUUUUUGAACAAUUUUAACAUGGAACACAAAAUAAAUGGAAGAUUAUUAAAAAGAGAGAGUAAAUAACACUAAUGUUUAAUGCAGAGAGUAAAGAAAUAAUUUCAUGAAACAGGGCAGCCAAAAAGGUAGUAGAUUUGACGAAUCGCAUAAUCUAACUGCUUCGCCAUUAAGUGAUACUCCACCCAGAAAUGAAAAUUCUGUCAUCAUUUACUCAACCUCAAGUUCCAAACCUGCAUACAUUACUUUGUUUGGUUGGACACAAAGAAAGCCAUUUGGAAGAAUGUUUGCAACUGAUAGUUCGGAGGCACCAUUAAUUUUUUUGAAAAUAAGACAUUUUGAGCAAAUAAGGAAAACAAAUAGUUCUUGGGCACCUUUGACUACCUUUUUUUUAAUACCAUGGUAGUCAAUGAUGUCCCAGAACUGUCAAUUGCAAACAUUUAUCCAAAUAUCUUUCUUUGUAUUCAACAGAACUAAGACAUUUAUUCAGAUUUGGAACAACUUAAUAAUAAAGUUAAUUAAGUAAAUCAUGACAGAAUUUUGGUUGAACUAUAUCCCUUUACCCAAACUUGAAUCCAUUUCUUUAUGUUGAACUAUGUGCAGUGUACACAGUCAGAUCGCUUUAUUCUCAUACAGCAAUCUAGCUGGCUCCCAACUCAAAACAUUGUAAAUGAUGUUGAAUCUACCCCACUUGUCUUGUACAGAAUGGUUGAAUAUCUACUGUUGUGUGCAUGGAGUAGCAGUAUGCUGUAUUUUCAUGAUACACACUUGAAGUUUCAAUGUACCAUCGAAUGUUUGACGAAAAGGUUCUCAUACAAUUCACUUGUCAAAUUUAUCAAAACUAUCAUUAAUCUAAAAUGCUGUAAAUGUGAUGCCUCCAGAAAGUCAGAUUGUAGAUUCUAUCGGAUUCAGUUUAAAUAUUCUGAUAUUGCCAAAGGAGAUUAGACUGAGUUUGUCAGAAUCGGUUUGUUUUUCAGAAUUUCUUGGAGAUUAAAAGCCUUUGAUACACACUUUUAGCAUUUUCCUUUUAAUCCCAGUUUCCCACAAUCUCAGGCCUUUCUCUAGGAAGAAAGUGAAAUCUGCUGAUGCAUCGCUUGAGAAAAUAGUCGAGGUGAUUUUCUGCCCCCUGCUGCUGGACAUUUGCCAUUGCAUUGCUUGACACUCUUGCAGAGCCCAUAUUAGGAAUUUUCUGCACCAGUAGGCCCAUAGAAUCACUCCCAACCUCUGAUGUGACUGAAUGUGUCAUUUGGAGGCCAGGUUAUCCACAGGGCACUUUUGUUUAUGUUAGCUUAAUGGUGCAAGUUCGUUUUGUUGUAAGUGUUCAUUUUUGGUCAAGAGAGUUUAUGACCACUACAAGUUUAUUGGGGGCAUUAAUGUGAUUGUCCCUGCUUCAGCUCAUGUUUAGUGUUUUGUCUAUGUACAAGCAUUUGUGCUGGAUAUUAUACCAUCUCUCUCUCUCUCCGGUGUGGUGUUAAAUAAAUAUGUACAGCUUCCCGGAAGUGAAUAAUCUGUUUUCUUCCUGUUUUUUGAGCACCACUGGGAGAAAUGACCUCCGUCUUUCACUGUUUGUCUACAUAUCUCUGUUAUCCUGUGUACAUGUCUGUUCCUGUGAGUGUGCGGAUUGUGUUUUUACAAAGUUAUGCACUGCAUGGUGUUGUUGUUCUGAUUUGCACUUUAAUUUUUAUUGUUAAAAAAUAAGGAAAAAUAAAGAGUUAUAUGCA